AUUUUUCCGUGCCAUUUAUCACGUGCAUUUGAAAUGAACGUAUAAUUUGACGUUACUUAUAUUAUGAAUCCGGCAAAGAAAUUCAAGGGAAAACAUUUGCAAACUAAAUCAGCUCAUUCGAGCCGACAAUGGCAAGUUACAGAUUUAGUACAGCCUCUGUUUAAUUCAAAUUAUAACACAGAAGAAUUUCUUCGAGCAGCGGCGGACGCCUGGUCUCUGCCAGAGAGACAGGAUAAACAAGUCCAAUUAGCGGAAACCAAAUGUCUUGUGUGUAAAAAUCCCUUCAACUGCUGUCAGCUUCGUAAUUUCGUAGAUGACGACAGUUUUCUUCACCAACUAAAGCAUGAGCUGCUUUCACUUAAUUUUCAUGAAAGAAACAAUGACUUGUACAAGUUCCACCAAUCUCAGGAUCUCAAGAAAGUUACAACCGCAGCUGUGUCUGCUCUUAAGAAAUUUCUGUACACAGACUUCCGUCAGUGGCUCAUCCAAGUCACAGGAAUAGAGUUGAAUGCAACAGUUGACAUGAGCUGUGCACGCUACAACCACACAGAUGUCUUGCUUUGUCAUGAUGAUGAACUUGAAGGGAGGAGAAUUGCUUACAUUCUGUACCUUGUUGAUGAAGACUGGACCUCUGCAGAUGGGGGGAACUUGGAUUUAUACAGUGUUGAUGAGAGGAAACAACCAGACAGAAUAGUCACAUCUUUGCUUCCAGUAUGGAACAGUUUAGCCUUCUUUGCUGUCACCCCAACAUCAUUCCACCAGGUGUCUGAAGUCUUGGCAGCAAGUAGUAACAAGUGUCGUUUGUCUGUAAGUGGCUGGUUCCACGGGAAGCCUUUCAAGCGACCUCCAACGUACGUCGAACCUGUUAAACAUUUAUCGAAACCGGAAGAUAUGGACGAGGAUGACUUCUACACGUGGAUAAGCCCGGCGUAUCUUGACCCUUCGACCCAGGGAGACGUGCAGUCAACAUUUAGCGACAAGUCAGAAAUCCAGUUGCAAGAGUUCAUUCAACCCGACAAGUACGGGCAACUAUGCGAAGCUCUGCAUUCAAUAGAUGCUUCUGACUGGAUAACGCAGGGUCCAGCCAACAAAAGAAAUUACGAAUGUUCCGAAUCUACCUCUUCAGUUGUUUUAAAUGAAGCAAGAAAAUUUUUCCAGUCCGAAGCUUUUUUCCUCGUGCUAUCAAACCUCACAGGUUUAAAAUUGCAUCGACUGGCAUCAACACCCAGCAGCAGUGAGAAUGAAAGUUCAUCUGAUGAAAAACCGAGCAACGGAACUUCAAAAUCCAAAAAGGGGUCGUCCAGUGAUAUCGAUCCUUGCUGCAGGCUUCAGGUUUCACGCUGGCAAACCGGUUGUUAUACUAUGUUAAGUGAUGAGGAUGCACAUGGCAGUGAAUACGCCUUGGAUGUUUGGUUCUUCCUGUCAGCAGAUCACUGGCAGUUGCCCCACGGCGGACAAGUUUCUUAUAUCGCCAGGGGUGAAGAUGAAGAGUUACUUACAAUUUGCCCGUCAAAUAACUGCCUGGCUCUUGUCUAUCGAGAUCAGGAUACGAUGCGUUUUGUGAAACACAUAAAUUCACUCAGUGGCGACCUUAAGCAUUUUACCAUUAAUGGUGUGUAUUAUGACCGGCCACCGAAUAGAGAGUGACUCAUCGCUGUCAAUUUGUGAGACAAAUACAUUUCUUCUACACGA